GGACGGGGCCAGGAGCGGGAGCGGCGCUGUCAGACCGCGGUUGGGAGCGGUGCGGAGCGACUCGGUUCGGCUCGGCUCGGCUCGGGAUGGCGGUGGCGGAUCCGGAGGCGCGUCUGUCGCAGGAGAAGGAGGAGGAGAGCGAGGAAGAGAGCGAGGUGCUGGAGGAGAGCCCCUGCGGCCGCUGGCACAAGCGCCGCGAGCAGGUGAACCAGGGGAACAUGCCGGGCAUCCAGAGCACCUUCCUGGCCAUGGACACGGAGGAGGGCGUGGAGGUGGUGUGGAACGAGCUGCUCUUCACCGACAAGAAGGCCUUCAAAGCACAUGAGGAGAAGAUCAAGACCAUGUUUGAGCAGCUGGUGCUCGUGGAUCACCCCAAUAUCGUGAAGCUUCACAAGUACUGGCUGGAUGUGAAAGACUCGAAGGCACGGGUCAUCUUCAUCACAGAAUAUGUGUCCUCAGGGAGCCUGAAACAGUUCCUGAAGAAAACCAAGAAGAACCACAAGGCCAUGAACGCCAGGGCCUGGAAGCGCUGGUGCACUCAGAUCCUGUCUGCUCUCAGCUUCCUGCACUCCUGUGAUCCACCCAUCAUCCAUGGCAACCUCACCAGUGACACCAUCUUCAUCCAGCACAAUGGCCUCAUAAAGAUCGGCUCAGUCUGGCACAGGGUGUUUGCCAAUGCUCUCCCGGACGACCUGCGGAGCCCCAUCAGGAUCGAGAGGGAGGAGCUGCGCAACCUCCACUUCUUCCCGCCGGAAUACGGCCAAAAGACGGACGGGACGGCUGUGGACAUCUUCUCCUUUGGGAUGUGUGCACUGGAGAUGGCCGUGCUGGAGAUCCAGACCAACGGGGACACGCGGGUCUCGGAGGAGGCCAUCAUGCGGGCACGGCAUUCCCUUGAUGAUCCCAACAUGCGGGAGUUCAUCCUGUCGUGCUUGACCCUCAACCCAGACAAGCGACCAACAGCAAAUAACCUGCUCUUCCACCGGGUGCUCUUUGAGGUCCAUUCCCUCAAGCUGCUGGCAGCUCAUUGCUUCAUCAACAACCAGUACCUGAUGCCAGAGAACGUGGUGGAGGAGAAGAUAAAGGACCUGGACCUGAACAUGGUGAUGGCAGAGAUACGGAGAGAGGGUCGGCCUGGAGCACAGUGGAGGUACUCAGAGGUUUCCUUCCUUGAACUCGACAAGUUCCUAGAGGAUGUCAGGAAUGGGAUUUACCCCCUGAUGAACUUCGCUGUUUCCAGACCCCAUGCCCUCCCGCGUGCCCUCUCCCAGCCCCAGGAGGACCCUCAGAAAGCCAAGACUCCCACCCCAGAGCCCUUUGAUGUGGAGACCAGGAAGGUGGUGCAAAUGCAAUGUAACAUGGAGCUGAAUGAAGACAAGACCCAGUGGCAUCUUACUCUCCUGCUCAUCCUGGAGGACAAGCUGCAUCGACAGUUGAGCUACGACCUGCUGCCCACUGAUAACUCCAAGGACUUGGCCAUGGAGCUGGUGCACUACGGAUUCAUCCACGAGGACGACUGUGAGAAGCUGGCAAACUUCCUGGAAAAUGCCUUCCACAAGUACCGCUCUCCUCCGCUGUGAGGGGCCCCUGCAGUAGGGCAGCGCGGGGCCCCCGGCCACCAGGAUGGACUCGG